AUGGCGCAGCCGCCGGAUUUGUACCCAAUGAAGGGAAUCACGGAGGCCAUCAGCAUCCUGGAGGAGAUCAAUGCCCAUUUCGCCUCAAACCCUGUCGUCGGAGAGGAGUUCUUCGCCCUCGUCACGGACGCCAAUGGUGCGAUCGACGACGGCCGUGCUGUCGUGGCCCGUGCGAAAAAGCUCCUCCGGGGCAACAGUAAACUCUUCGCCCGGUUCCAAGGCUUCCUCGACCCUGGCCAUCAAAUCGAGCUUCCCAACAACGAUGUCAGUAUUCCCAGGCCGCGCAGGAGGAGAGAUAACAGCCACCCCGCAGUGGGCGCCAGCGGGCGUGCCGAUCCACGAGCCGGCCGGAACGGGCGCGACGGCAUCGACACGGUGAAGCAUGUGGACGAGGAGAUUUACGAUGGAUCGCUCGACGAGGCUAAGGACAAGCAGUUCUUGGAAGGGGCGAAGCAUGCGGACGAGGACAUUUACGAUGAAUUGCUCGUCAAGGCUAAGCAGUUCUUGGAACGGGCGAAGCACCUGGACAUGGAGAUGUACAAUGGGUUGCUCGCAGAGAUAUUGCACGUCGGCACGGAGCGAGGCCUCAACGCGCACCAAGUUUACAGGCGGUUCAAACAACUCCUCGGCUCGGCACACGGAGACCUGCUCUGCGAUUUCGUCGGGUUCCUUCCUUCGAAAUACGACCCGCAGCCACGUUGUGCAAAAGAAGAGCUUGAAGAUCAGCCUCCGACGCCGAAACGCAAGCACGCAUCUUACGCUGGCGUAGACGCAGCCGAGAGCAGCAGGCCGAGCAGGGACAAGAAACCCCGCGUCGACGACAGCACGACGGCGAAGCGCAACCCCUCGUCUUACGCUGACGCAGGCGCCGCCGGGAGCAGCAGGCCGAGCGGGGGCAAGAAACACUGCGCGGACGACGAGGAAGAGGUCCAGAGGUUCAGGGAAGCGUGGGAGUUCGAGACCGGCUACUCGAAGCUGGUGGCCACGAUGACGCGCGCGGAGUUGCUGCAGAGAGAGAGCACGCACGGUGCCUCGGGAUCCGGCGGCCAGGGCAGGGCUUCCGUGGAGGAGCUCUUCCCGAGCGGCGAGACCCAAGAAUAUCUUGCGAAGAUGUACCACGACGAAUGGGACCAUUUGCGGAAGGUGCUCGAGGACGCGGACUACGUCAGCUUUGCCUUGAAGAUCAUACUGGAUAGGCUGAGGGAGAAGGAGGCGGCGGCCGUUGAGGAGGCAAGGAGCCGGCGGGAUCCCACCCGCGCUGCCGAGAAGCUCGACGAGCUUGUCCAGGACAAGGUGCGCGAGGAGCGCGAGAGGCGAGGUGUAUAA